AAAAAAGUGUCCCUAAAAAAUAAUAACAACAAUAACAAAAGUCAAAUAAACGACAUAAACAAACCCAAAAGCUUUCUACGACAACAUUGUUGUCCCGAUUCCCUCUCAUGCGCAGAAGAGCGCAAAGCUUCAAUAUUUAUGUCUACAACAAGUUCAGGCUUAACCUAUAAUUCUAAUUCUUGUCAAUUAUACGUGAAGCGAAAAAUUAAUUAUCUUCAAAAAAUAUUUAAAUCUUUCAAAAUCUGUCUUUUAUUGUAAAAAUACAAACCUAAAAAACCUUGAAAGAAAUAAAACAAAAUAAAAUGCAUUCCUCGAACUCCUUUCUUUUGCGUGACGAAGAUGGAGAUGACCAAUACAAUUUUUCGGGUGCAACUUUAACUAUUUCAGACGAGGAAGCAACACAAAAUCUACUGCGUCACAGAACCAACAUAUCAGACAUGGAAAAGAGUGCAAUUCUAACUGGAUCGGAUGUAACAUCUCCAAUUCAUGUUACAAGUGCAUAUAAGGAAAUCAAAAGUAAUACACCCAUAGACGAUGGAAGUUAUAUGUGCAGUCCAGGAAUCGCAAGUGCCCAAAAGAAUGAACUUACCCAAGUGACAGAUGAAUUCUUUUGCUUCAGGCCUGGCCAAUUUGAAAAGGCUGUCGCUGAUUGUGUGAAUGUUUUGCUGAAACCUGCAAAUGAUGCUAAUGUCAUUGGAAGCUGGCUUCUAACUGAUAUUAGCCAUUGGGACCAUGAAAGGGAACGUAUAUUUAUUUUAACAUCCAAGACAUUGCUGGAUGUUAAAUAUGAUUUCAUCGCUUUAAAGAUUCUUCAGUCUAAUAAAAUUAGACUUAAUCAAAUUGAUACUAUUAUCCAGGGGAAAUUAACUUAUCCGCAAGCUUCUUUGGUUCCAAGAAUUGAAGGAAUUGCAAACGGAUUAACGUCAAUUAUAUGUGGAAAAUUAUUCUGCCAAAGUAGGCAGCCCGAAAGAGCAGCACCAACAGUUAAUGUCCAGCCAAGUCAUCCACUAACGGUAGCAACACGUUAUGAUUUUUCAUGCUUCAAGCCUGUUGAAAGAAGUGAACAAGGAAUGCGAAUAAUGUGGAACAGAGGUCGACCAAUAUCACUUCUUACAUCCUGGAAUCCAUUUGCAGAUGAUAUUCCAUGGAGGACAGUAAAAGAUCAUCCAAUUUUACAAGCUAAAAGUAAUGAUAGUAUGUCCUUGCAAGAUAAAGAAGAAUUCAAUAGCAAGAAACACAUUUACACAGCUGAAUCAUUCAAUGACGCUCUUCGUUCAAUAUUCUCGAAUGCCAAUCCUGAUGGAGUCGAUUUCAAUUGUGAUUUCAAAGAAGGUCCAAUUCUAAUGGAGAAUUACGUUGGAGUUGGUGCAGUUAUACACAACAAGCAUAAUUUUGGAUUUUUUAAAGUUCGUGGAAAGUUUAGUUUUUAAAGAAAAUUUCUUCCAUUAUA